AUGGAGACGUCUGCCAGCAAACUCAGGAUCGCCGCCAGCUCCGUGCAAGGAAGUUUGCCAGGCAGAGCUCAGACGCCACCAGGAAGCAGAAGACGAAACACACCCAGGUAGGAGGUUUUGCAAAGAAACAAUAAUAAUGUCCUUUUAACGGCUUUCUCUAAACUGCUCCCAAUAGUCCCGUGGAAAUUAAAGGGGUUUUAUUACUUCACCCUGCAUGUUGGGAGCAGGGUUUUGCCUCAUCCUGGCAGCAACGUCCAGGAGAGCACUCUGUACGAGGCCAGAGGCCUUUUGCAACGUCCUCCCGUCUCCCCUGGGUCUUGGGAUGCUCUGGCCGGUUCGAUCUCAGCCGAGGGAAGUCUGGAAUUUAAUUCCCCAAAGAGCCAAGGAGGGAGAUUUAAGUGGAGAUUGCAAAACCAAGGUGAGGUUGAGCCCCGUCCAAGAGGCAAUUCCGGGUCGUGGUCCGAGACGGAUUUCGGAGGAGCGGAGCCAAGAGCGGCGAAGGAAGGCAGACGUGGUUUGGGAAGGAGGGAGCCGGCGGACGGGAGUUUCCCAACAUCCUGGAGGCUCCAGGGGGGGCCAAAUUCUCUUUUAAUUUUUAUCUACAAUACUGCCUUGUUUAUAGUACAGCACAUUGAUUCUUGCUUUCGUUUUAUGGAUUGAUGGUCUUGUUAGAUAGUAAAAUUCACGUUAAAUUGCAGUUUUAGGGGUUGCUUUUAAAAGUCUGGAACGGAUUAAUCCGUUUUGCAUUCCUUUCUAUGGGAAAGCAGUGCGCCUCGGUUUUGGAAUGGACUUCUGGAGCGGAUUAAGUCUGAAAACCAAGGGACCACGGUAUUCUUAAAUACUCAGGCCUCCUAGACAGCACCUUGAGCACAGCUGAUGGCAGCGAAGGUGUUUUGGGGACCAUUUGCUCCCGAGCAUUGCAGGGGGUUGGGCUGGAUGACCCUUGGGGUCCCCUCCCAACUGAUUAUGCCAGAAAAUUUGGUGGGCCCACAGUGACUGAACAUUGGGUUCAUUCAUUACAACACAUUUGAGCAGGGCGACAGGGAAGAGGGCGAGGGGCCCGAUCCACCCUGGGUGUCUUUUUCCCUCCGCAGAUUCCCCGGCGCAGAGGUCAAAAUGGAGACGGGUGCCAUCGUGAAACUCCGGGCCAAGUGUCUGGAAAGAGGGGCCUCGGGGAUUAAGGGGCUGGCCAGGUACGUAAAGGACAUUUGUUCUGUCUGACAGCCGUUACUCAUUUCUUGCUGAAUACCAGAGCGUUUCCCCCCUAAAAAAGUGUUUAGGGGUCCUCUCAUUUUGACUCAAGAAAAACACCAUUUUAUAGUUCAAAUCGGGGGAAAUAAACACUGUAAAUAGACAAAUGAUGCACAAAAUUUUUAGGGGUGUGUGUACCCGUGUCCCCCGCAAAAGCACUGCUGAAAACCAUUUUGUUAUCUUGUCCAGACGUCUUGGCAUGUGUUUCAAUUGCUCCCUCCCCCCCAAGCAUCACAAUUUAAAUUUAAUUGCAAACGUUUUAAACAGCUGUUUUCGCUGGCAAGUUUACAGUUUCAUCCUUCCUGUAGACCACUUUGAGGUUUGUCAAUUUUCUUUCUGCACUCCAGCGGAAUAUAUAAAAUAAGUAAAACAAAUAUCUCACGGGAAAGCAAAACCUUCCUUUUCUAUUCUUGCAGGUUUUUCCGGGUCAUGGAUGACGACCGGAGCAAAACUUUGGACCUGGAGGAAUUUGUGCAGGGGCUCCGCGACGCAGGGGUCCCCCUGGAACGGUCCGAAGCGCAGGAGAUUUUCGCCUUCUGCGACAAGAACCGGAGCGGCACGCUGGACUUUGACGAAUUCCUGGAGGCCUUGCGGGUGAGAGAGUCUUGUUCCCUGCCUUUCUAAGGGUAGACUGUCUCCAUCCAUGGAGGCGCCAUUUCGAUGCUGCAGCAGCAGAAACUCUCUGCAACGGGCCCUGCUUGUUUUAAUCCUUGCGUUUCAUUCUUUGAACCGCCCUGGGAUUUCAUGAUGAAAGGUGGUAUACGAUGCAAAUAAAUAAAUUCAGAAGCACCCGGUCCGCUGCGGCGGGAGAGUUUAGAAGCUGCACCCUCCUCCGUAAAGUUGUCUGACCCUCUUUCCAAAGUUGGUGCUCGUCCCUGUCUCCUGUGGCAGAGAGUUCUGCUGUUUAACUCUGCACUUCAUGAAGACGUUCUUCCUUUUAUCCAUCCCAAAUUUCCCAAUGCUCACCUUCGGUUUAUGCCCACAAAUUCUACUUGUAUUACGAGUUUUCUUUUUUAUAAAGCCUGCAUCCCAUUACCCCUGUUUUCCUUGAACUAAAAAGGUCACAAAACCUCCUUUAUACUUCCCCGCCACCCAUCCACGUUGCCUCCGCCUUGCAACUUUAAACAAUCACAGGCAACAUGCGGCUAAUAAGAAUAUUAGUAACUAAUACCCAAUUCCGUUCACGCAACAAAGAUAGACUCUCCUUCUCUGUGAUUCUAUUGCAUACUUUCUGUUUAAGAAUUUCUAAGCUUGGAGCUUCUACUAUCGCAAGGUUACUGGGUUGUGACUGUUGAAAGGCUUGUUUGCCUUUGUGAUAUUAUUUGACUACUUGUUCUAAUUUGGUACCUGCAUCCAUCAUCCAUCCAUCUAUCUAUCUAUCUAUCCAUCCAUCCACACACGUUGCUAAUGUUCUCAUUAGCCGCAUGUUGCCUGUGAUAGUUUAGAGGUCAUCUAUUUUUGCAAUCUAUUUUUCCUUUGUAAAACCCCCUUAGUAACUGGCACUGAGGGUAGACUGCUCCUGGCUUCGGAGGCUCGACUGAGCAUUUGCCAUUGAUAAACAGACACCUGGAACCGCCACCUUGCCUCUCUCUCUCUCUCUCUCUCUCUCUCUCUGCUUCUCCUCCCAGCCCCCCAUGUCUGAAGCCAGGAAGGAGGUCAUCCGCCAGGCCUUCCAAAAACUGGACCGGACGGGCGACGGCCUGGUGACGGUGGAGGACCUCCGCGGGGUCUACAACGGCCGCUCCCACCCCAAGUUCAAGAGCGGCGAGUGGACGGAGGAGCAGGUCUUCCGUUCUUUCCUGGACAGCUUUGACUCCCCGGACGAUAAGGACGGGAAGGUGAGAGGAAGGGACACCCAAGGUCAUCUAGUCCAACCCCUGGCACUGUGGGAAGCUUUUCCCCAGCGGGGGGCUCGAUGGGCCGCUGGUCUGAUCCAGCACAGCUCUUCUCAGGUCCUUUGGGAUGGAGUAACCUGCCGUUUUGGCUGCCGCUCCUCCCACCCGCAUCGCUAACCAUUGCCUAUGCUGGUCCCUGGGGAUCCCAAAGCCCAGGGGCCACAGAUCGCUCUGCCUGGACAUAAAAACCUGGCUGGUUUUCACCUUAUGCCGAGAAGCGCCCUGGGAUCUAUGGCUGAAAGGAGGUAUAAAAGCUUAUAUAAUUACUAGAAUCCUAGAACUGCAGAGCCCAACGGGACCCUGAGGGUCCUUAGUCUGACCCCCGGCAAUGCAGGAAUAAAUGAUCCCUCUGGUAUGCAGGAUGAGACCCUCCCUGCCCACAGACUGUCUGGCCAGAGUGGUGCAUGCUCUGGUUAUCUCCCGCUUGGACUACUGCAAUGCGCUGUAUGUGGGGCUGCCUUUGAAGGUGACCAGGAAACUACAACUAACCCAGAAUGCGGCAGCCAGACUGGGGACUGGGAGUGGAGACCACAUAACACCAGUCCUGAAAGACCUACAUUGGCUCCCAGGACGUUUCCAAGCACAAUUUAAAGGGUUGGUACUGACCUUGAAAGCCCUAAAUGGCCCAGUAGACCUGAAGGAGUGUCUCCACCCCAGACAGCGGGGUCCCUCUCCCGAGGGCCUUCUGUCGGUUCCCUCCCUGCGAGAAGCAAGGUUGCAGGGAACCAGGCAGAGGGCCUUCUCGGUGGUGGCUCCCACCCUGUGGAAUGCCCUUCCCAUCAAGGCAAUAAACCAUCUGACUUUUAGAAGACAUCUGAAGGCAGCCCUGUUUAGGGAAGUUUUUAAUGUUUGAUGUUUUAUUUUGCCUGUAAUAUUCUGUUGCGAGCUGCCCAGAGUGGCUGGGGCAACCCCGUUAGCUGGACAGGUUAUUAAGAAUAGAAAUAAUAAAUUAGGGGAGGGCCACAGAUAUUCGCCCUGCCUGGAAAGAAAAACCUAGUUGGUUUUCACCUUGUAUUUUUACGCAUAUAGCUUUGGUUAGUACUUACAUAACGACGACCCUAGAAUCCGAGAACUGCAGAGUUGGAUGGGAUCCCUGAGGGUCCUGUAGUCUGACCCCCGGCAAGGCAGGAAUAAAUGGUCGUGAGGGUGGUGCGUGUCGAAUAGGCGGCAGACCCGUCAGGCUUUCUGUACCCGCAGGUGACGGCCGAGGAGUUCCUGAACUACUACAGCGCAGUCAGCGCCUCCAUUGACAGCGACGACUAUUUCGUGGGCAUGGUGAAAGCCGCCUGGAAGAUUUAG